AUGGAUCACUUGAGAUUCAACAAAACCACCCUUGUCCUCAUCGGAACCCUCUCUUGCCUCCUCCUGUCCAUCACUGCCGUCCCCUCAACUCGCGUCUUGGAACUCGCUCCCAGCGAAGCCCCCACCGCGGAGCCUAUAGCCUCCGGCAUCAGCCUCUUCGACAAUCUUCUUGCCAAGGAAUCAAGCCCCAUGAUUCUGAAAUUCUGCACCGGCACCGAGAACCCCACCCUCUGCGCCGAAACCAUUGCACCAUACCUAACCGGCACAUUCGACCCGAUCCAGGCGCUAGAGACCGAGAUCAACGCGACCCUGGAGAAGGCGGAGGAGAUCGCCGGCAACAUCAAGAAGAUGCUAGACGACCCGACCACGACGAAGAACGCCAUGGACGCGUUGGGCAUCUGCCAGUCGCAGUACGAUAACAUUCUAGAUAACAUAAAGGAGACUGUGGAGUUGGUGGGGAACCAGAACGUGGUGGAUGCUUGGUACAGGUUCAGCUCUGUCCUUUCGUACAAAGAAGCAUGCGAGGAUGCUUUCAAAGAGUCUCCCGGGGUCGACAUGCCCUUCCCUGAAGAUAACACCAAGCUGUUCCAGUUGAGCGGCAAUUGCCUCGCCGUCAUGGACGGCAUUGUUAACAAUCACAAGAUGUAA